AUGUAUCCUCGAAAAAUUUGUAUCGUCGCGUGGAUAUUCUAUGUACAACUGGUGAUAGCUUUGUGCAAUAUUGAAAACAAUGAAGUUAACGAGUGUCAAUUAUCAACAAAAUUGAUACGAGAAAUAGAUUCGUAUAAACCGAUAGUUGAAUCUAUAAUAAAUGAGACAAUAUCAGGUUCGUUCAAAGGAGUCACUUUGAAGGAAUUGGCUCACUUUGUGGAUAAGUUUGGUCCGAGAUUAUCCGGCACUGAAGUACUCGAAACAUCAAUUGAUUAUGUAUUAAAUAAAUCACACGACUUUGGUUUAGAAAACAUACAUGGAGAACCUGUGUCCGUACCACAUUGGGUCAGAGGAUCUGAGUCUGCUACUCUUUUAAAGCCAAGACAGAAAGAUCUUGCUCUUUUAGGAUUGGGUUAUAGCAUAGGUACUCCACCUGAAGGAAUAACAAAAGAGGCUGUUGUUGUAAAUAGUUUCAAAGAACUUGAAGAAAGAAAACACGAAGUAUCUGGAAAAAUUGUUGUAUUUAAUCAAGAAUAUGUUUCAUAUGGAGAGACAGUGAAGUAUAGAUCUAUUGGAGCAACAGAAGCAUCCAAAUAUGGUGCUGUUGCUGCUUUAAUUAGAUCAAUUACACCAUUCUCAUUGUAUACACCACAUACGGGUAUGCAAAGUUAUGGGCCAAAUGUAACUAAAAUUCCAGUAGCUUGUAUUACAGUUGAGGAUGCAAACUUGUUAAGAAGAUUGUCAGAUAUGGGUGAAACUAUAGAAAUAAAGUUAAAAAUGCAAGCUAAGAAUUUACCAAAUAAAGUAUCGCGAAAUGUAGUGGCUGAAAUAAUAGGAUCUACAAUACCUGAGAAAGUGGUAGUUGUAUCUGGUCAUAUAGAUAGUUGGGAUGUUGGUCAGGGAGCAAUGGAUGAUGGAGGUGGAGCAUUUAUUUCGUGGCAGGCUUUAAGAUUGCUGAAACAACUUAAUUAUCAACCUCGUCGAACCAUAAGAAUGAUCAUGUGGACUGCCGAAGAACUCGGUAUUAUAGGAGCUCGUUAUUAUAUCAAAUCACAUAAAGCAGAAGAAAAAAAUCUUCAAUUUGUAAUGGAAUCAGAUAUGGGCACGUUCAUGCCGCUAGGUCUCGAAUUUACUGGAACAGAACAAGUUAAGUGCAUUUUGGAAAGAAUUAUGAGACUCUUAUCUCCUAUGGGACAGAUGAAACUACGAAAUCCUCAUGCAGGACCUGAUAUAGAAUCAUGGGUGAAUGCAGGUGUACCAGGAGGUUCACUUUGGACACAAAAUGAAAAAUACUUUUAUUAUCAUCAUUCGAAUGCAGAUACUAUUCUAGUUGAGAAUUCGGAUGCCCUUGAUAGGGGGACAGCCUUAUUUGCGGCAGUAUCGUACGUACUUGCCGAUCUUAGCAUCGAUCUUCCUCGUAAUAAAUGAUUUUAUACUCGAU